UCUUGAAAUAAUGUAUUCCAAAGAUUCCUCCAGAAUUCAGUCGUGAUUUUGCAGUUUCGAUGGAGAUCAACAGUACGUGAAUGGCGCAUUGCCAAUUUUCCCUCCACCCCGCCCACCGGAAAAGAGGAAAAAUAUGUCGGAUUGAAGUUGGAAUUCGGGGAAAAUUUCAAGUGCUUGUGACCGAUGAGAAAACCUCCACCUCGGAUUAAGAUAGUUCAGUUAGUUUUACAUCGGAAGGUGCGAUAAGUGUGUGUGAAGUUUUUUUUUUAUUUCAUUUACUCGUUUUUUUUUUGGCUUGAGUUGGAGCGGAUGGACGAGGGCCAGAAAGUCAACCUAAUCCUGGCCGACCUGUGAGACCCGGGAUACUAGGAAUCCGAUUACGUGGCAUCGGAGGCUUCUCAGCUUGUGUAUGAAGCACACAUUGGUGAAAAGUUUAGAUGUGAAUCCCUUCUGCGGUUUUUCCACGGCUAUGACCCGGAGGAUAUCUUCGCACAUAUGUAGUUCACGAUUUGGGAAAGAAAUCGCUGCUGAUCAUCUCUCGUUGUCCGAUUAUCACUGGAGACAUCCGGCUGGGAACUCGACGCCGUGGACUCCUGGGUAUCUAUUUUUUUCGUGUGAAACAUCACACACACAUUCACACAGAGCAACGAGAUGCGAUCGUUUGUGGCACUCGUCUCCGACGUCCGAGUGUCCCAGGAACAUAAUAGUCACGACGAGUAUUCCAACGGCUUGA